CUACGAUUUAUGACAACUAGAUAAUCUUUCUAUUGAAUUAUAUAGUUUGGACUUAUUAACAACUAAAAUGGCAUUGGAAACUUUAUAUAUUGAUAUAAUAUAUAAGAUAAAUAUGGAGGGUUCAGAAGCCAAUCAGUUUAAGUCAAUUUUUUCCCGAAAAUGACUUACAUACUGCAUGUGAUUUUUUGUUAUUUGAACUUUCAUUAGACAAAAGACUCAAGUCAUUAUUCCUAUGAUCAAGCGAUAGAAGGCGUCACUUAUUUUGACGACUGAGAUUUCAUGCUAAAUUAUUCAGAGGCCAACCAGAGUCACUAAAUGUGUAAGUCAGUUCAAGGUGAAGUCUAGUUCGGUAUUUAUUUGGUCUUGCUUGAAAACCUAAUUAAGUAUUACGUAUUAUUUUUAUGCAAAUAGAAAUAAUGGACCUCUCAGAAAGUGAAAAUGAACCUUUUUCUGACAGUGGUUCUGAGUAUGCCCCGGAAAACGAGAAAAAUUCAUCUAACUCCGAUAAGCAAAAUAUAACCUCAAAAACAGUUUUAAAUUUCAUGCAAAUUCGUAAAACUAAGUAAAUUUAGGAUAGGUAUUCUUAUUUUAUGAUGCUAAAUGAGCUGCUCUUGAAUAUAGCUAUUGUUUAACAAUGUUUAAAUACUGUUUUAAGCAAAACGAAAACGUUGUUUACCUUUUUUAUGACUUACACUGAUUGGCUUCUGAAUUUUUAGACUCGCCUGUAGUACCCGAGGUUGUACCUAAUAAUGGGAUCCAGCUUGAAAAUGAUGACAAUAAAGGCCAAAAUGGUGUAGAUCAAGCACAAGGAAGAAAACGUAAAAGAAAUAAAGAAGCAUGGAAAAGAACAGUCAAUUCUGCUAAAAGGCAUUCAGGAAAAGCUUAUGUUAACAAAAGUGGGAAAAACAUAUUGGAGAAGACUUUUAGAAAUGUCGACUGUGGAUGUUCUAGAAAGUGUUUUGAGUCUGUAAGUCCUGAGGAGCGGCGAAUGAUUUUUGAAUCGUUUUAUAAGUUGGAGGAUAAUAUCAAACAGAAUAUUUAUCUUCGAGGUCUGAUACACAACGCACCAGUGAAGCAACGUCCUGCUAGAAACUCAUCAAGGGAACCAAAAGCGAAAUCGAUAAAAUAUUACUUAACCACUGCAACAGUGUCAACUCGUGUUUGCAAAAAAUUUUUCAUCGACACGUUUCAAAUUAGCGAUGCUCGUAUCUACAAGGUAUCCUCUAGCUCCCAGCCAUCUGCCUGUAUUGAUAGAAAAGGUCAUCGAGAGCCAGCAAAUAAAAUAGAUGUCACAAGAGUUAAGGAGCAUAUUCAGUCAUUUCCUUCUUACAGAAGCUAUUACACGCUCUCUGAUGCACCAAAUAGGAGAUAUCUAAAUCCCGAUCUAACCAUAAGAAAAAUGUAUCAACUGUACGUCGAAAAAUGUGGAGAAGAUGGUACAGAACCUGUCAACGAGAAAAUGUGUUAUUACGUUUUUUCCUUUAAUUUACAUUUCAAACCUCCAGCAAAAGACACUUGCCAAUUCUGCGAUUCGUUGCAGAAUAUUCUGACAUUUAGCGAAAAUUAUGAAGAGAAACGUAAGGCAGAUAUUGAUAAAAAACUUCACCUUCGCAAAGCUGCUCAAUCUAGAACAGCCAUGAAUAGUGACAAGAUAUCAGCGGGAGAAAAUAGAUGUGCUAACAUUCGACUUCGAGAAAGCUCUAGCUUUUCCAAAAUUAAGCACUUCUGUCGCUUACUACAAACAAAACAUGUAUGUUUAUAAUCUGGGAAUCCACAGUUUUAAUGACAAUACAGGUUACAUGUACAUGUGGGAUGAGACUGAAGGUUCUCGGGGAUCACAAGAAAUUGGAGCGUGUCUAGUGAAGCAUCUAAAAGUUCAUGCUCGUGGUCAUAACCACAUCAUUAUGUAUUCAGAUUGUUGCACAGGCCAGAACAGGAACAUAAAAUUAAGUUUAUUAUUACAGAAACUGGGUCAAGAUCCAGAAAUGGCCAUUUGUUAUAUUGACCACAAAUUUAUGGUGUCUGGUCACAGUUACCUGCCAAAUGACGCCGACUUUGGUGUUAUUGAAUCAAAAGCUCGAAAGAAGCAGUUUAUCUAUGGUCCUAGAGAUUGGUUUGAUUUAGUUGCUGGUGCUAAAAAGACCAAUCCGUUCCCGGUAACAGUGAUGAGUCGGAAAGAGUUUCUUUCGACAAAAAAACAUGAAGUAAGAAUUUGCAACAGAAAAUCCAAUACUGAGGGUGCUAAAGUUAAUUGGUUGAAUAUAAAAUGGUUAAGAUACUGCAAAAAUAAACCUAAUUCCAUAUUUUAGAAAGAAACCUUGCAGGACGACUUUCCACUUUAUGAAAUUCAUAUAAAAAAACCCACGUCAAAGGGAAGACCUUCUAAUUUGAAUAAUAUUAUCCAGGAUCCACUGUAUUCAGAGCGAAGGCCUGUAAAAGCUGUCAAGAAGAAGCACUUGUUUGACCUUCUACCGUAUAUUCCUCCAACUUACCAUCCAUAUUUCAGAAGUUUGCCUUCCCUAAAUGACAGAACUCGAGCUUCAACCUCACAGGCUAAUGAUCUCAAUCUUGAUGCAGAAAAUGGAAGCGAAAGUGAUGAAUAUAUUGACUAGGAUUUUCAAAAUGUCCAGUAAACAAACAGCGUAAGUCAAUAUUUUCACACUUCAUCAAAGUUAUUUCUAGAGAUG